GUCCUGCACUCGUGUACGCCUUGUCCUUCCUCAGGCUGGCUCUGUGGUUCUUCUUCCAUUUCUACUCCCGCUGCACGUCUCCCUUCGUUUGGUGCAGAGCGGUGGGAGGUGGUGGUCAUGGCGACUCAAUCCAACGAGAAUCCCAACAACCAAGGGCCUGAGUUAUCAAAGACAGUGGAAGGGGAUGGGAAGGAUGUCAAAGGAGAGGCUGCCAAUGAAGCUUCAGGAGAACCAGUGUUUACAAUACCACAACCAGUAAGGGAGGAUCAAGUGCAGAAUGCUGUUAAGUUUCUAUCUCAUCCAAGAGUACAGGGUUCCCCGAUCAUUCACAGGCGUUCCUUUCUUGAAAGGAAAGGCCUGACAAAGGAGGAAAUAGAUGAAGCCUUUCGCCGUGUACCUGACCCUCCUCCAAAUGCUACCAGUGUUGAGGCUGCUACCAUAAAUCGGGCUGUGCAGCCGAAAUCAUCUACAGGCUUGCAGCCUCAAGCCUCGGUACAAACUCCACAACCAGCUGCUGCUCCUGCUAGUGGGGUUCCUGUGGCUACAAGUUUGCAGAAAUCCAGAUUUCACUGGUCCCAUGCACUUCUUGCCACAGGGGUGCUAGCUGCUUCAGGCGCUGGUACAGCUGUUCUUUUUAAGAGUGUGGUUGUUCCUAAGCUGAAAUCUUGGAUCAGAAAGGUUGUUGCAGAAGAAAGUGAAUCUGAUAAGAAAGAUAAACAGAGUUCCAGGUUGGCUGAAGAAGCAACAGAAGCUGCAAAAGCAGCUGCCUCUGCUGCUGCUGUUGUUGCUAAAGCAAGCCAUGAAUUGUUAAAUGCUAAAAAUGAAGAGAGGAAGUACUUUGAGGCUUUUAUGGGAGCACUAGAUAUGCAAGUGAAGGAGAUGAAAUCCAUGGGUGAUGCUAUUCAUAAGUUGGAAAGCAAAAGGGGAACCAGUUUAUCUCAAGAGAAGCUGCUAGAAGAGUAUAUCCAAUCCACGGUAGGGAAUGGGCCAGCUAACAACUCAUGGAGAACUUCUCAGGUCAGUCAACCAGAUGCAAGUCUCCCCUCUAUGUUUUCAAAGCAAGCUAGAGUAAACGGCAUGCCAAAUAUGGACUUUGGAAGAGCGAGGCCUUCAUCCACACCUGCAUCAGUGGACUCUAUAUCUGCACCACACACAAAGCUAUCUAUGGAGGAGGUCAAUGACAUGCAUCCAAGUCCUGAUCAACCACCAACAAAACCUCCUUCAGCUCCUAGACCAAAGCCAUAUUGGGAGGUGCGUCAGCAACCUCAGCAAAGGCCCAGCGGUGACCUCGUUUCCCAAUCAAGCAAUGAAGGGUUGAGUUCUGAAAUAGAAGAGAGCACCAACCCCUCCUUUCCGAUUCAGACGAUUGGGAAGGCUCAUGAUGCUUCAGAGCCUUGGUGGAGGAAGAGGACUGCAAAAAUAACCGAGAUAGAGCCUGAAAUGAAGGAACCAAAACAGUUCCCUUAUGGAAUCGGAACCAGAGAAGGGCCUAGUCAGCGGAGAUGGGUCCCACCUCAGCCACCAGCGAUUUCUAUGGCAGAUGCUGCCGCUGCCAUUCGACACCCGAAACCAUCUGCUCAAAAGCAGCAGCAGUCAGGGGAUGAGCGGUCGGCGGCGAGCUCUGAUGAUGGAGAGGAGAGGAUGGUGAAAGCACUUGACUCUGCUGUUGAGGUGGAGACCUCCAGUGUUGCAGAAACAAAUCAGACUGAAAUACAAGAAGAACGGGCAGAUGGAAUUGAAGUAAACUGAUAGCUCAAAAUAAGAGUUUCAAAUACUUUACACUGUUAUAGCAUACUCUUUUAAGGGGAGAGACAGGGUAGCAAAUGACAACAGUUCUUGUCCCCUUUACUUGUUUAUUAUGCAUCAUUGAACUGAUCUAUAUUUCAUAUAUAUAUUUGCUUCUAAACCACAUUGGAAGGUA